UUGAAAGUUCGGGUUAUUCCGCGACUAUAGGAAGUUCUUCGCUGUACUCUCCCUAGAUUGCUCUCAAACUUUUCGCCGGCGGCGAAGAUGCUACAGCAUCAGAUCGGUCAAUCUCCGGCGAGAUUAGGGUUAACAGGCCCUGGUUCUCCAUCCGUACAAAACCUAACGCCUUCUCGUCAUGGCCAUCCAACCUCUUCUUCAUCCUCCCAAUCUCACCACCACCAACAACAGAUCCAACAACCUCCUAACCUACCACCUUCCUCCUCCGCCGUAGCCGCCUCGGCCUCAGCUUCAGCGGCUGUCUCCUCGUCCGCUUUGCUGUCGCUCCUUCCACCAUUACCCCGAGCGCAGGCUCUUCUCCAGCAGAUGGCGGUUUUAUCGUCCAAGCUCUUCGACGUCUCUCCCAAUCGCGCGCACUGGCUCUCCGCUUUCCGCGGCUCUCUCCCUUCGUUCCUCUCCUCGCAGCACUCGCACUCGCUACCGCCGCCUCCGCCGCUCGAAAACCCUAAUCCUUCCUCCACCAAGGAGAUCCUCUCUCAGUUCAAUUCCCUCCAGACGCAGCUCUUCGAAGCCGUCACGGAGCUCCAAGAGAUCCUCGAUCUCCAGGACGCCAAGCAGAAGCUCGCGCGUGAGAUCAAAUCCAAAGAUUCGUCUCUUCUCGCCUUCGCCAACAAGCUCAAGGAAGCAGAACGCGUUCUCGAUAUGCUCGUCGACGAUUACUCCGAUUACCGCAAACCAAAACGAACCAAAACUGUAACUGAAGACGAUGACGAUGACGAAGAGUCUUCUUCUACCACCACAGUGUCUUCUCAGAUCAAGCUAAAGGACAUCUUAGCUUACGCUCACAAGAUCAGCUACACAACGUUUGCUCCUCCGGAGUUCGGUGCAGGGCAAGCUCCUCUCCGUGGUGCAUUACCACCAGCUCCACAAGACGAGCAGAUGAGAGCUUCUCAGCUCUACGCCUUCGCUGAUCUCGACAUCGGUCUACCGAAAACAGUUGAGAACAUCGAGAAGAAGGUUGAAGCACUCAUUGAGCCGCCACCACCUCCUCCAGAUCUCUCUGCAAUUCAGGGCCUGCUUCCACCGAAUAUCGCAGUUCCUUCGGGAUGGAAACCGGGAAUGCCUGUGGAACUGCCGAAAGACUGGCGUUUGCCACCUCCACCUCCUGGGUGGAAACCAGGAGACCCUGUUGUGUUACCGCCUGAUUUGGUUCCUCCGCCUAGAGCCCAGGAGCAGCAGCAACAAAUGCGGCCUCCUCAGGGACAUCUCAGGCCGCCUGACGUCAUACAUGUCCGAGAGGUUCAGCUUGACAUUUUGGAGGAUGAUAGCAGUGAAUACAGCAGCGAGGAGAGUUCAGACGACGAGGAAUAAUCAAACAUUAUGAUUCUCGAUAUAAGGUAAUGGAUGGUUGUCCUAUGUUACUGAUAGUUCUUGAUUGAAUUUGUGCUACUAAUGUAAAAUGUUCCUACUUGCUAAGUCUGCAGAGGCUUUUCCCACCAAAACAUGGAUUCCAUUUUGUGUUUACAAAAGUGCAUCUUUUUCUUGAGUCAGUUUUACUGUGUUUCUAAUAAAAGUUCUAAUUUUCAUGAAA